GGAAGUCCCAACACUGAGUCCUCCGACUUUACUACGAAGGUAAAGCGCAGCCAAGGCAAUGGAGAGGAACAAAUCAAAAUGCUCGUUUAAUGUUUGAAGAAAAGGAAGAUGCCUGGUUUAGUGUCCUGCCCUGCCAGUCAACUAGUCUUUGGAAUUAUCUUUCUCUCCUCUGUCUGCAUCAAGUCAGAGAUAUGGACCGAUGAAGAUGUCCAGUUUGGUAGACUCGGCUCCAGGGUCAACCUCACAUGCAGAGGCUCUUACAGUGGGCCUCUGGUGGAAUGGCGGUUCAAUGGAAGCUCAGUACAGAUCUCCGAGGACUCGCUUACACUCCUGAACGCCAGACACUAUAUGGAGGGCAACUAUAGCUGCCACGAUGAAAAAGGGACUUUACUGCAGACCGUCAAACUACGCCUGGGCCAUCUGCCUCAUUUUGUCAAUGUUACUUGUCGUGUGCCAAGUCAUACAAAAAUCUACUGCUCCUGGGAACAAACUAAGACAACACACCUGCCCACAUUGUAUAUCUCUUCUUACAGUGUUAGAGGCGAAGUUGAACCUUGCGAGCAGGAGAAUAUUGGGUUGAAUGAAUGCACCAUUACCAACCCUCAAAUCUGGAACUCAAACUUCCUGGUGAACAUCACAGAAAUCAACCCACUGGGAUCCAUCUCCACCAUCCUAAAAGUAGAUGUUCAUGAACUCUUGAAACCAGAUCCUCCAGAGGGCAUUAUAGUUCAGCAGGUGGAGGGUCAGCCCACCCAGUUACUGGUGCAGUGGAGAUUUCCUGCGUCCUGGCCUAAUGAAAUCAUGGGGGCCUUUCCUAUAACAUUCUCACUGCGAUACCGGCCAAUCGGUUCCAACUUCUGGUCAAUGCUGGAAACCGAGGACAACACCAGUCUGAGGAUCAUGGAUGCUCUGGUGGGUUAUCUACAUCAGAUCCAGAUCAGAGCUCAGGACGCCCUGAUCAAUCAUAGCCAGUGGAGUGAAUGGAGUCAUGUGGUAGAGGCCCAACCGUGGAUCGAGCCUAGGGAAGAGCCAACGGAGGAAUCAAUGGAUUCUUGCUUUCCUUUUUUCAACUUUUCAUUUCCAGUAUGUGAAACAGACAAGUCUCCAGAUUCAUCGGUAGACCAAAAUGGAACCCUUGGCCUGUUGGUUUUGCUGGGACUGUUUGCUGCAGUCAUGGUGGCCGUGUUGUCCAUCAUAGCCCUUCUAUGGGUGAGACAGAAGAAACGGGACAAUAGGAAGAAUCAGGAACUGACCUCCAUGGUGAAGAUGAAGUCCAUACCGAUCUGAAAUUUGAGAAGCUGUCCGUCUCCAGUUUGGCCCUCAUAGGGCAUCAGGAUAGGGAAUCGCUACCACUACCAAUGCGGCGUCAGACUACAUUGCCCACAAUUCACCUCUCCUCUCUGCUCAGGGGACGGGCUCCAUUUAGCUGAGUUCUGAGUCCCGUGAACUGUGAACAUGAACCUACAAUGUAGCCCAAUGCAAUGGAAAAACACAAGGAUUUCUUGGACAAUCAGAAAUUAUAUUCUGUAUAUAAUAUUUUUGUAUUACUCUUGGCAUCCUUUACUCCCCAUACUCCCAUAUACUCCAUCUGUGACUCUUGGAAUGCUGUGAAAAAGCUUAGCAGUUGGCUGGAUGUGGUCAGCGCAUGGGGCAUUAUGGAAAAAACUGCCAUUUUCUACAUUUCAGUACAGGAAAUUUCACUGGUCUGGCAAAAAUGGGACUCGAUAACCUUAAACAGCUGCUAUCUGUGGAGGACAGAAUAUUUGCCAGUGUCUCGGCACUCCACUGAUGGAUACGUUUUUGUUUUCUAUUUCUUUGGAAAUACAAUGGCGGUUUUGGCUGUUUUCCCGAAAAGACCUCAAAAAAGACCUAAUUUCAUAAUAAGUGGACACAUCUGUGAUUGAUUUUUGUCAUUCGGUUCAUUUUCAACCAGAUCUUCAGUAUCGUGUUCUCUGCAAUAAAUUCCUGUUAAUAGAAUUUCACUGCAAAAUAAAUAAAAAUAAAUCAAAUCAGUAACACUUUACAACAAGGUUCCAUUGGUUAACAUACUGUAAGUUAAUGCAGUACGGUGUCAUGGACUAACAAUGAACAAUAUAUUUUGACAGCAUUAUUUAAACUUUGUAAAUGUGAAUUCAUAAAAAUACAACUGUUAUUGUUAGUUCAUAGUGCAUUAACUAAUGUUAACCAAUGGAACAUUAUUGUAGUGUUUCCAAAAAUAGCUCAGUCCCUUGUUUUCUAGUCAAAAUAAUAAUCAUCCUUAAAACAAGACACACUUACUAUAAGCAAUAUUGUGUAAGAUAAGACAUGUUUUUGGAGAAUAUAUCUUGAAAUGAAGGAAUAAUUCACCCAAAAAUCUAAUUAUCUCAUUUACUCACAUUGAUGCCAUCCCAGAUGUGCAUGACCUUCUAUCUUGAGCUGAAAACAAACCGAGAUGUUUAGUAGAAUAUCUCAGCUCUGUAAGUCCUUACAAUGCCAGUGAAUAGUACCCAGAGGUAAAAGGCUUAAAAGUAAUCCAUAAGACUCCAGUGGUUAAAUCCAUGCCUUGAGAAGUGAUAUGAUAAGUGUGGCUGAGAAACAGAUCAAUAUUUAAGUCCUUUUUUUACUAACAAUCUCCACUUUCACUUUCACAUUCUUCUUCUUUUUUUUUUUUGGUGAUUCGCAUUCUUCCUGCAUAUCGCCACCUACUGGGCAGGGAGGGGAAUUUAUAGUAAAAAGGACUUAAAUAUUGAACUGUUUCUCACCUACACUUAUCAUAUCACUUCUGAAGACAUGGAUUUAACCACUGGAGUCUUAUGGAUUACUGUUAUGCUGCCUUUAUGUGCUUUUUCAAACUUCUUCAAAGUUCUGGCCACCACUUGCACCUACAGAGCGGAAAUAUUCUUCUAAAAAACUUCAUUUGUGUUCUGCAGAAGACAGAAAGUCAUACACAUCUGGGAUGGCAUGAAGGUGAAUAAAUGAUGAGAGAAUUUUCAUUUUGGGGUAAACUGUCCCAUUAAGCAUAAACGUCACGAAAUGUUGUUAGACUUAAUUCAAGAUAUAUUUCUAUAAAGUCUUUUUUUUUUUUUUUUACUUGCUUCUCAAGUAAAUGCAUCUUGUUUUAAGGAUGUAUUAGAUAUUUUUACUGGAAAACAAGACAAAAAACUGAUUAAGAAAAUUAUUUUUGCUCCGUUCAUCUUGACAUGAGCCUUCAUGUCUUGAAAGUAUACACAAGUAACGAUUAUCAAUACUGAAACCUCAUUGACAGCCUGCGAUGAGUUUAAAACUUCAGUGAGCUGGUGUUCAACACAAAAGUGGACCUUUAGUGCAAAAAAUGCAUGUAAUUUCGGUUCUCCCUCCUUGGAAUGCACUUCAUUUUUCAACUAAGGAAAAUUGGCAUCCACAGUGCAUUGAAUCAAGACAUGAAUGUAGCUCAAACUUACAAUGUCAUAUAUACGUAUUUGUAAGGUGAUUUGUUUAUAUUUUAAUGCUGUUUUGUUUAUAUGUGAAAGCUAAUGCAUAUUCAUUAUAUUAGAAUUCUAUUGAAGCUCAUCUAUAAAGUUAUAUUGUUAUACAUUUAUCAGUUAUAUUGUAUAUAGCAUAUUGCUCUGUUGUACAUUGAUUCCCCAGUGAUAUAAAGCUCAAGUGCAUGCAUUGUGUAAUUCUUUUAUACAUGAUAAAUCAUCAUAUUUGUCUUUUCUAGGUUCAAACUAAAAAGUUAACAUUGUUUAUGCAGAGACACGAGUGUGCUGUGUUGAUAUUAUAAAGUGAGAUAUACACCGAUCAGCCACAACAUUAAAACCUCCUGUCUAAUAUUGUGUAGGUCCCCCUGGUGCCGCCAAAACAGCACCAACCUGUAUUUUCAAGUAGCAUUCAGAGAUGAUAUUCUUCUCACCACAAUUGUACAGAGUGGUUAUCUGAGUUACCAUAGACUUUGAUAGUUCAAACCAGUCUGGCCAUUCUCUGUUGACCUCUCUCAUCAAGAAGACAUUUCCAUACACAGAACUGCCCCUCACUGGACGUUUUUUGUUUUUUGGCACCAUUCAGAGUACAUUCUAGAGACUGUUGUGCGUGAAAAUCCCAGGAGAUCAGCAGUUACAGAAAUACUCAAACUAGCCUGUCUGGCACCAACAAUCAUGCCACGCUCCAAAUCACUGAGGUCAAAUUUUUUCCCCAUUCUGAUGGUUGAUGUGAACAUUAACGGAAGCUCCUGACCCGUUUUGUUGUUUGAUAUAGUAUCAAAUAGCAUCAAUUUCUCUUUGUGCUCCUUGCUAAAAUUUAUUAUUUUUGCUAAAUGUUUCUGGAAGUUUUAAGUCAACCUGAUGAAGUCAGUGUUAUUUUCUGGUGAUGUCAACAACCGUGUACAAAGACCAGUAGAGCAUCUAAAAUAUCUACCUUCUUUUGUAUCAAAGGUGCACUCAGUAACUUCUGUCUUUGUGUCAUCUUAGACUUACACUGACACCUAGUGGCUUGGAUGCAGCAUCAUUUCAAAUCAAUAAUUUUCAGUUUCAGAUGUUUUGUAGAAAUGUAAUAUUCACAGUCAGCCAUGAUUAUUUUAAUCAUUGAGUGAAAGUGUCAAAUAACAGGACGGUUACUGAGAUUAAGCGAGGAGAAUUCAGCUGGUCAUGUGAUUCCAAAAUGGCAGCCCCCAUGUGCGGACCCUCUCAUGUAGAAUAAAACAGCUUUUAUAAGUUUACUGAUAUGACUGGCAUCUUCAUUUUAGUGUGAGUAGUCAUGAUUACGUACAUAUAUAGCAAAAUGACAAUUCAUAUCUUUAGGAGUUCAACUCUUUUAAUGAGGAAAAAAUUACUGAGUGCACCUUUAUGGUUUUACUGUAAUAAUUAAAUGCAAAAUUGACUGAAGAUAUCAUCCAGAUCCAUUUUGUUUGUUUCGUCAUGCAUAUUUGCACCAUUGAUUCAUAACUUCUGCUAUUUGUGUGCCUUAAACAUUUUUUACCUGUUUCUGUUCCACCAGCAGUAGUGUAUUUAUGAGACUGGAGUAUUUCUACUGACACUGGCCUAUGAGAUUUGUGCUCUUAUGAUAUUCCCCUUUCAAUUAGAUUAAAAGAAAAUGGUUUUGUCAGCUUUUUCACUUGACUGCUUGGUGAUAUUUGUUUAGUUGGUUACAUAUGUGUCCCCUGCUUGGGUAAAGUUGUGCAUGUGGGCAAUAAUUACAUCUGUAUUUUAACACAAUGUAAAGUUAUGGGUUGGUUAAAUAUUGGUGACUUUGUGCUAUAGUAGUUGGCGGUUUAUGAGUUUGAAAUGUGUUUCUGCUUGUGCAGAAGGUCCAGUUUUGAAUCAUGCAAUACUGUAUAUUACAUGUGAAUAGAACUGAUGUCACAGAUGAAACGCUCUUGUUUUUAAGACUGUUUGAUAAAGCAUUAUUUUUCUAUAGUAUUUGUGACUGAAUUUUCAAUCACGAGCAUGAAGAUUUACUAAAGCUAUGUUAUCAUUAGUUAAUCCAAUAACAUGACAUAAACUAUCAAUUAAAUCGUGUCAACUCUGGGAAAGAUUUAGCAUGUUAAUGUGUGUAUCGACUAUUCAUAGGAUAUUGCUGCAAGAGAUAUGCAUACAAUCUCCAUGUAACAGAUCUAGACAUGUGUAGCUGGUGUGGAGGUGGGUUUCAGAGAAAAUAUCACGUAGUGCCCUGCUGUGAAAAUGUCUUAUCUGCAAAACCGCAUUUGGCUACCCAGUUGCAUGCCAAAGGAUCAAUCAGCUUAGAUCAUGCGAGCCGAUUGACAUAACAUGUCACAUUUAAGCGAGCCGAUUGGCUAACAAGUUCAAAGAACCUAUCAGCUUGCGUAACAUAGAUUUACAUGGCUGAACUUUAGUCAUUUAAUGCAUUAUGAAAUAACAAUGAACAAUAUAUCUAUAAAUUUACCAAGAUUACAAAAUGUUGUAAUUGUUCAUAAGUUCAUGAGACCUAUUGCAUUAAUAAUGUUAACGUACAGAACCGUGUUGUAGAUUGUUACUAAAAUAUCUGCUCACAAUUGUCACUUUCAUUGAUUUGCUUAUUUUUAGACCUGUAUUGUACUAUGCUAUCUGUAUACUAAAUAAGAUGUUUUGGCCUUAAAUGCUGUUCUAGUCCCUCCAGUCUAUAGUCAUUCCAAAACACAGAGCCAAAGGAAACAACCAAUCAUCUAUGAUUAUCAGAAGUUGAGAGACUAUACUUUAAACGGCACUUUCUUAGAUAAAAAUGUGUGUGUAUAUAUAUAUAUAUAUAUAUAUAUAUAUAUAUAUAUAUAUAUAUAUAUAUAUAUAUUAUUAUUAUUAUUAUUCAUUUGCUCUUUACCUUUUCUUUAAAUUUGCAUGCAUAAUGUGAAAUCCAAAUGUAUUUGGGGAGAUUUAAAAAAUAUUGGACUGUUGUUGCAAGUUAAAAGGGAAAGUUGAGCACAAAGAUGUCCAGUAAAUGUACAUAGUAUAUCUUCUUUUUCUGUACAACAUAAGCUGUUUUAUUCUUCUGUUCAUAUUU